AUGGAGGCUUCAGAGGACUUCCGGUCGCAGCAGCAGAAGAUUCAAGCUGCCCUAGUCGCCGUCAACCGCAGCGCCAACAGCAUCACAAGCGAGGACCUGACCUUUCAGCGCACAGUCAACCCUGACGUAGCAUCACAGCUCGAUGACAAUGCGGAACGACUCUUGCGCCUGACGAACAAGCUGCUCAAAGCCUCAGCAGCAUCCACUGGACGGAAGGCCCCGCUGGAACUGGAGGAUGCAGACGAUGUAGACCUCAAUUGGCAAGGCGUGGUCGAUGUGAUCGAUGCUCUGCUGGAGAAGGCUGACACCAGCCUGGAUGAGUACACGGGCAUGCUCAAGCGCAAGGAUGCACCUACAACUGAAGUGGGCCCCGAGUCAAAGAAACCGAAGCCAACAACAGAAAGACUUGACUGGUCCAUUCGCCGGGCCAACAUCGCCAAGCCACAGGAGCUCUUCGAGCACAAGCCUGACAAUUUCGACAAGGGGCCUUGGAAGCCACUGCUGACGACCAAGCCACACGCCACGGUACCGCUGGCCGAGAGCCUGACGACAUUUGUGGAUGAGAACGGGUCUGUACAAUACAAGCAUCCCUACGAAACGGAAAUCACAAAGAUGCGGUAUCCCGAGGCGGUCUACCACAAGAGCGAGCCGAUUCUGUACCAGCCCACAGAAGGGACCAAGGCGAUAUGGGUCGACACGUUUGAGGGUGUGCAGGCCAUGCUGGAGGAACUGCGACAGGCGGACGUGAUCGCGGUAGACUUGGAGCACCAUGACUUCCGCACAUACACGGGACUUUUAUCGCUUAUGCAGAUCAGCACGCGUGAGAAGGACUGGGUGGUGGACACGUUGACGCCGUGGCGCCAUCGGCUCGAGAUUCUCAACGAGGUGUUCGCGGACCCAACAAAAAUUAAGGUGUUUCACGGUGCAACGAGCGAUAUUGUCUGGCUGCAGCGGGACCUGGGCCUGUAUAUUGUUGGGCUGUUUGAUACGUAUUUUGCAUGCGACUGCCUGGAGUACCCGGCACGAAGCCUGGCGUAUCUGCUCAAGAAGUUUGUGGACUUUGACGCGGACAAGAAGUACCAGAUGGCCGACUGGCGGAUCCGGCCCUUGCCGGAGGAGAUGCUCUACUAUGCCCGUUCGGACACGCACUUCCUGCUGUACGUCUACGACAUGGUGCGCAACGAGCUGGCGGAAAAGUCGGAAAAGCUGCUGCCAGAAGCCAGCCUGACAGGGUACGUACUACGGCGGUCCAAGGAGACCUCGAUGCUGCGGCAUGAGGUAGCGCUGUGCGACCCGGAGACGGGACUGGGCAGCCGUGGAUGGCUCAACAGCCUCAUGCGGACAUAUUCGAUGCUCAACAGCUCGCAGUUUGCAGUUUUCAAGGCGAUCUUUCGGUGGCGGGACGACUUGGCGCGGCGGCUGGACGAGAGCCCGGGGUAUGUGAUGCCGAUUCGGUCGGUGGGCGACAUAGCGCGGAUUCUGCCAUCGGACCGCAAGGCGAUGUGGAGCCUGCUCAACAACGCGGCGCGGGAGACCAAGUCGUCGAUGGAGGAGAUCUUCCUGCUGAUCCAGCAGGCGAAGUUGCGCGGUGCUGACGGACCAAGCUCGUCCGAGUUUCUGCGAUCGGAAGCAGUCGGGGCGGCAUCAAAGCCAGGUUCCGACAAGGGCGCAGGCCGGGAGGCACGAGAGGCAGAGCGAGCCAAGGAGCUGGCGAAGCUGCCAGACAUCAGCGAAGUGCGCAGCGGAGUGUCACAGCUCUGGGGCGCAACGCCGAUCGGCAGCAAGAAGAAGGCAGCGGGCGAGGACGAGGCGGUGACGGGAGUGCACAUGGACACGCCGUGGUUCUCGUUUGUGCAGGCGGCGGUGGCAGCAGGGAUCCUCAGCCCGGCAGCUGAGUCGACAGCGACAGCGACGGAGAAGAAAGCCGAGGAGGAGUAUAUCGAGUUUCCGCAGUCGGCCGGGACGCCAGUGGUGCCCAGCCGGACGGGAGGCAAGACGGGCAAGAAGGGGGCCGGCAAGGGCGGCGUCUCGGCAACGGCAAAGGCAGGAAAGAAGGCGGCAGGCGAGGAGGGCGAAGCGAGCGGCGGACAGACGCAGACUUCGGAUAGUGACGGAGGGGCGCCGGUUGGCGGCGAGGAGUUUGUGCCAUUCAACUAUGACACAGCCGGAUCGGUGAUGAACGCGAAGAAGACGGAGCAGAAGGCGACUGGCGGCAGGAAGAAGGUGUUUGAUCCGUACCGGUCGAAGACGGGUGCAGACGGACCCAAGGGCGCUAGACGGAUGCACUUUGAGAAGAACGGCAAGUCGGCCACGUUCAAGAAGUGGAGCUUCGCAUCGCAAUCGACGACGUCCAAAGACCUGAUCCAACGCGCCGUCAACGAUCACGAGAUGCCACAGCCGUCGACUACUGCAGCAGCAGCAGCAGAGGAGACGGUGAUGUUCCCAUUUGACGAGCCGGAUGCACGGCUGGAGGACUUUCUGGACGACAAGCUGCAGUCGGCAGCAGAUCUGGAGACAGUGGGCGCACUUCUAGUAGAAGCCGAGGCACAGCAGGCGGCGCUGCAGGCACAGCUGGAGGGCGCCGCGGCAGCGCUGACGGCGGCACAACAGACGACAGCGGCGCAGGAGGCCGUGCUAGUUGGACAGCUAGACGAAUUUGCGGCACUGGAUCAGGCGGUGGGCUCGCGGCUAGCGGUAGUGCGAGCAUCGGACGCGCCGGAGGCCGUGGUGCAGCGCCUGCAGCAGCCGAUGGAGCAACUGCACCGCGUGUCGACAGCGCUGCGGUACGUGCAGCUGCUGGCAGACGUGUCGACGUGGGCGGCAGCAGCACGAGAGGCGCUGCCGGCAGACCCGCGAGCAGCACUGGAGCCGUACGGCCGGCUGCGGCAGCUGGGCCGAGAGCUGCAAGGGGAGAUCGAGGGCCUGGAGAGUGCCGAAUUGCACGUGACCGCACACGUGACCGCAGUAGCGGACAGGGUUUGGGCCGACAUGAACAGGACGAUGCGGGCAGAGCUCGAGGCGGUGCUGGAAGCGCGAGGAUGGCCGAAGAUCGACGCGGCAGUGCGCGCAGACGAGGCCUGGCGGGACGUGUUUGCCAAGCUGGUGGACCUGCAGGCGCCGGAGAUUUUGGCGGCCGCGACAGCGGCAGCGGAGACGAGACCGGUGCUUCUCCCGAUCGACGUGAUGGCGCACAUCUUUGAGCGAGAGUUCCGGUACCACUUCCUCAGCAGCCGGCGCACGGCGGAGCCGCGCCAGACGGCCGACGUGUGUUUUCCGUGGCUGCUGGACCGCGUGGGUGCAUGGGCCGACUUUUUGCGCGACAGCUUCGCCGACAUCUUGGCGGCGCGUUUUGGCGGCACGGUGGUCGACGCGGCGGCCACGACGCUGUAUGUCGACCCAGCAUGUGCCUUUGUGGCGGCGCUGCUGCCAGUGAUGCGCGAAAAGGUCAGACAGACGGCGGCCUGGGCGGUGCAGCAGCUGGAGGCGAGACCGUCGCCAGAGGAGCAGAGACAGCCGUUUCUGUGCGGGUUCGUGGUACAGGUGCACGCGCUGGACGAUGAGCUGCGGACGCGCUUCGGCUAUGACGGCGGCUGUGGCGCGGCAACGGCGACCGACACGACGGCCGGCUGGCCCGGUCUGGCGGCCGAUGUGCUCCAGGACCAUUUUGCCGUCUGGCUGCAGGCCGAGAAGGAUGGCGCGCUGGCGCGGUACCGCAGCAUCGUGGACGCGGCCGACGGCCACGCCAUCGACUACGACUAUGACUCCGGCAGUCCUGUGCGCGGCAGCUCGUCUGCGACAAGCACAAACACACACGCGCGCUCCAAGCCGACAGUAGCAGCCGUUCGCGUCAUGGAUCUCCUCCAGGCCGUCACGGCCCAGUACCGCGGCGUGCGCCGGCUCCAACACCGUCUCCGAUUCCUCGUCGACAUUCAGGUUACCGUACUCGACGCCUAUGAUGACCGCCUGCGCGGCUCGCUCGAGGUCUACGCUGCCAUGACGUCGGCCGUCGGCCGCACUCUCCACGGCGUCACGCGCGACCAGCUGGCCGCCCUCGACGGCACCGGCGCCCUCGAGACCCUCUGCCGCGUCUACGGCAGCGCCGACUACGUCGUGCACACGCUGCAGGAUCUAGGAGAUGACGAGUUCUUCAUCCUCCUCUGGGCGGAGCUGCAGACACGGGCGGCCGCGAGCGGCGACCAGCCGAGUCAGGAGCGUGCGCUCUUACGGGCGACGCGGCUAGGCGACGAGGGCGGCAGCGCGCUCUUUGACGAGACCAUGGCGGCCUUUGGUCGGCGUCGCAAGACCGCACAGGACUUUCUUGUGGCCGCGCUGGCCGAGUCCCACCGCAAGGCUUUUCGUCCGUACGUGCUGCGAACCCAAUGGAUGACGGUGGCUGAGGGAACAGCCAGCGGAAUGGUAGAUCCGACAGAGCUGGCCAUCACGGCCGAGCUGGAUGAGCCUCUUCGGGUCAUCCGACGAAACCUCAACUUCCUCUCACAAGCUCUCGGCACGGCCGCAUUGCGUCGCAUCGUGCGCGGUGCCCUCGAGAAACUGCAGGAACUCCUGUGGAGCGAGGUGCUCGUCGUCCACCGUUUCUCGGCCCUGGGCGCCGCCCAGCUCGCCCGCGACGUCGCCGCCAUCGCCACCCUGACAGAGCAGUACGUUCCACGCUCAGCCGCGGCCGCUCUCGAGGGCUUGCGCGAGGGCCUGCAGCUGCUCAACCUGCCCGUCGAGGCCGCCUCCGCCGAGCUUGCCAUCACCCUCCGGGAGGCCACCGACCGCGUCUUUGUCGACAACACCGAGGCCAAGAAGCUGCUGCAGGAACUAGGCCUGGCCUCGUUGACGCCGGCAAACGCUCGACUGAUUUUGCAGCGGCGGGUAGAGAGCAGUGGGUAG